UACUCAAUGCAGUAAAAUCAGCAACUUAAAAUGAAGAUGAUUCACUGUACUGAAAGUUUUGAUCAGUUUCAGCUGUCAAAUAUCUGAUGUUUGAGAUCUGAUAGAUUUUUAAAAAUACUUACAUUGUAUAUUAAUUCAUUCGAGACCAUGUAUUCAUAUGCAGUAGAUAAUAUUAUGCUAUACACUGGAGGGUGCUGUUGGCUCAGUCUGGGUGAUUCACAUACCACUAAGAGAUUAUGUUACGCCAUCUGCUGGUUGUGUUGACACAAACAAGAAAUUAAAAAAAACCCACUUUUGAUAUGUACAGUAACAUGUCUAGUGAGAAUACACAAGAUGAUGCAGUACAUCCACAUCCACCAAAACAAGUAAUUGCCAUGUAUGUGUUUAGUUGUUUUAGAAAUAGUCCUGUGUUAAAAAUUGUUUAUCCAAGUCACAGUAACCGCUUGUGACUGCACUUUGGCAGACUUUAUUUCUCCAUCUGCAGGAGCUGCAGAUAUUUGCACAGAUUGAAUAAGGAAGGCAAACAAGUAUCUUAUUAUUUCAUAAAGAUGAUGAGAACAUUCAAGUGGCCUCUAGUGAUCACUGCUUACCAAUAUAAGUUGUUUACAAGCAUGCAUGUAGCCUGUCUAUAGCAGUAAUACUUUUUGUGUUAAAAUUGAUUUAAUCCCCUUUUCAGCACUCAUUGGAAUGAUAUGUACCCAAGGGCUCAGUCUGACUUUGAAGCCAGGAUGUCACAACUUCCUGCUGGGCUGCUGGGCUCCUGAGUCACUUUAGAACAACAUUGGAGUGUUGUUGGUUGAGAUGAUGAAUCUGUGAACAGCCCCCUGACAGGAAGUGACAAGCCCACUUAAUAACCUUAAUGUAAUGUGCAAUUUUCACAUGGGUGCACAUUGUAAACUGUGUUAUUUCAUGACACAUUGAAAUACACACGUGCAGGAGGGUCUUCGAAUAUAUAUUGUAUGUAGAAGGUCAGGAAGUGGUGAGCUUGUCAUGAGCGGAAUGAGCCCAUGCAGUUGCUACAGUUUUAGAUCAUCUGUAAAGUCUUAGGUAAUGAACACGUCAAGCCUAAUGGAUAGACUGUCGUACAUCUAUCUGCUGAUAUUUAUGUGUUUUACAUUAGUCUGCACCUAUGGAAGUGCUCAAGACUUGUUUCCUUCAUGUGAAGUUGGGCUGAUGGUGCGGAGAGGCACGGCAUGGAAAACUGGCCCAGGACAACUUCUGACAGUCAGAUGUCCUGUCAAACACUGUGGAGAAUCACUCAAUGUUACCUGGUGUAAACUGCUUGACACAAACAAAUGUGAACAGAUUAAUUAUACAGAGAAUGUAGAAAUAAUACAGAAACAUGUUAAGGAUGGAAUUACCUCAUUUUUGACUUUCAAACGGAUAUCCAUUCAUGAUGACGGCCUUUACAGAUGUUAUUUAAAAGGAUACAAAUAUGGGGUAGUCAGUCACAUCAUCAACAUCUCAGUUUCAGACUUAAACCAGGGGGUUAAAAACUCUGACAAUAAUGCUGAUGAGUUAGCAAGCACUGCUGAUGAGGAGGAUGUGUCCUGGCUGCCCUACUUCUACAUCUGUAUUAGCAUAGCUCUUCUGGUCAUCACAUUGACAGUGUUAACCCUCCUGAGUUUUUAUGGCUGGAAAGGAAAACUGACCCGCAACCACACAAAGGGACAGGAAAUGUCCACUCAUGUGAUACCCGACCUCCCCAAAAGGAGUGCUCCUUCCACUCAUGUCCUGCAAACCCACUUCUCCAUCCUGAAUGACAUCUGCACUCCAAAUACUGCAGAAAAACCACUAUCGCAACCUCCGCUGAUGACCACUGAGAACCAGCCUGCUGUUGCAAACACAGCAGAUAAAAGUCAAGUUUUAGACCGUGCAGUGUAUGCUGUCAUCAACCACCGGCAGCCUGGGAUACCUGCCAGAGAACAGCAUACUGUGACUAAACAAAAUAAAAACACAGAAUAUGCUGCCAUCAAUGUUUCCUGAACAUUUUUGAUUUGUCAUCGCAUCAUCACAUACAGAUGAAAACAUGGAUGGAAAAAUGUACACAAGUAGGUGGUGGUGUCACGGAACAGGCAUGGAAGUUAAGCGAUAAACCACACAACAGAAGAGGUGAAUGGAGGAGGCUUGUGGUCAUGCAGAUGCACAGUACAGUCAUCUUGAAUUAAACUGACUAGACCAGAAGCAGCACAGGGCUUUUUGGAGGGCUUUUUUUGACUGAUUUGACUGUGUUGGCUAAAGCAUUGGCAGCUUACAUAAAAAAGCCCAGUGGGUAAGUAGAUUUGUCAUGUGCAGACUCACUGAAUACUUAUUGUGCAUUCUUAUGUCUGAUUUGGUAGUCUGAAGACUGUAGUUUAGGAGGCGUUUAUAUCUUGUAAAAAAAAAAAGUUCAGUGUUGUAAUAUAAUCCAAGAUGGAUGUUGUGUCCUCAAUAAUUAUUUUAUUUUAUUGCAUUCCAUUUUACAGAAAGAAUCAUUUGGCCUGCUCAUCUUUUAGUACUUUAUAUAUAUAUAUAUAUAUACAAAUUUACGAGUCUGAUAUUUUAUCUCACACGUUUUUCACUGCCACCGGCGGAAAUGCAGUACCUGGUAUGUCGACCACACUAGUGUGAUUUAGUUUAAAUGUGCAGGAAGUUAAAGAGGGGAUCGACACUGACAUAAUUUGUGGUAGCAGACACCCUGCCUCUUCACAACCACAUAUGGUUUACAUACUGACAUACUGAAGUCGGAAAGUGGUCUUAUCAUUCUCACAAGUUCAGCAAGUUAAAUAACAUACAGGAAGUAUCGAUUGGCCUGAUAGUGAAAAAAAGUGAAAGUUAACAGACAUAAAUACUUAACAGAAACAAAAAGAGGAGAGGAAGAAAGAAUUUUCCAAAACCAAUUUAAUAUUUUAUUAAAGACAAUAAAAUUUCACAGAAGACCAUGGGUUUGUGGUCCACAACCUUCAAUAUUAUUAUGGCCUUACUGUGGACAUGAGUUAUAAGCAGUUCAACUAAAGAGUGAUUUACCUUCACAGACUGUUCGAUUUGAAGGAUUUUAAGAGGCAGAAAGAGGUGAACACAUCAAGUAUUUCACUAGAAAAGUACAGAAAAGUAAAAUGAUAAUAAUAAAUAAAUAUUUAUCUUUCUUAUACAUUCAAUCAUCUUGUGACCCCUUUUAUUUAGGAGCCCGAUUCAUCUUGGGACUCCUCGGAGGGUUCUGACCCUUGUGUUGGGAACCACAUAGACGACUAUAUCUAAGCAUUGCUGUCAGCUUGCACUCAAUAAAACCAUCAGCAAAUGCACAAUUCAAUAUUCAGAAAUCAAUAAUUAAUAUGUGCUAAUAGGCCUUUGCCUUAUUUGGUUAAGUGUUGAAAAUGUUAUUAUGUCAAGUCUGGAUGAAAUGAUGAAAUAUGAACCUGUUUUCUUCCAUGAUUUACCAUUAUCAGUGGUGAAAUCUUGCUGAAUACUAUUGUACUUGGACUGAUUUUCAUGAAUCUCUCUGAUUUUAGACAGUCAGAAAGCAAAUGUAAUGUAAUGUAAUAAAAGACGACAGAAUUCAGAAUGGAAUCAGAAAAGCAGGGAUUACUGUUCCCAUGUUGCCUUGCUCAUCUUAUUUAACCCCUAAAUCCACAAAGCACUCAUCACUGCUCAUCAUGCAGAAUGCGUACAGAGUGUUACAUGCUAAUUCAGUUUUUUUAGAUGAUGUCGAGUGGAGCACAGCGUUCCCUGAGUUGUAAAUCCUGACGAUAAUCCAUUCGCAGAUGUUCACAAAAGGUCCUUUCACUAAAAAAAUGUCAUGUGGAAAAUGUCAUGAAAUGCUCCUGAAUUAUGUGACCAGGGUUUCAUAUUUCUUACAGUAUUCUCAUUGGAAUGCAUUCUAAGGAGAGUAAGGUGAAAAGUUGAAAUGUAGUCUACAGGCUUUACGUGAGUACUGAACAUUAUGUGAAAUGAGUCGGUGAACUUCUUUUCUGUCUGAGUGGACAUUUUUCAUCUCAACAACGGUGUCUGGUAGUUACAGCCCACAUACAAGUUAUGCUUGUAUAGUCUAUCACUCUCUCUCUCUCUCUCUCUCUUUCUAUCACACACACACACACACACACACACACACACACACACACACACACACACACUCACACACAUCAGUAAUUGUGUUAUUUCUCUGGUGGACAAAGCCCUGGUUCAGAUGGCAGAGAGAUGGGGAGCGUGGAGGCUUGUGUGAAGGCAGCGUUUGAGACAGGCCUGAUUAGAUUGAGCCUGAGGUCACUCAGAGAGUGUGUGAACUCUGCAGCACUGCGACUGACAAGGUGUACAGAUGCUGUAUAUGGAGGAUGGUUAAAUAGAGGUAGAAGUGGCUCAGUUGGGCUUUAUGAAGAAGACAUGCGUGUUAUUCAAAUGUAAAAAUCUGAAAGGUAUUUUUAAUGAACAGCGACUGGGAAUUCAUAUUUAACAGCUUUAAUUUUAAUUAUUGCCUAAACUACAAUAACAUAUUUUCAUUAUGUAGGUUCCACUUUGAUCCAGAGCAACAUUUAAGUGAGCAGGCAGGGUUUUAGGUUUUGUUCAAGGACACUUUAAGGACACUUUCCUUCACACACAUGAACUCGACUGACUGUAAAAUGCAGAUAAGCAGACAAGAUGAAAAAAAGGGUUCAGCAUGCAUCUUUAGGGAACAGACUUCAAACUUUCUGACCUUACAACACACACAAACAGACUUUGAAACACACAGAAAUGUUUGAGAUUGGUGUGAUUUGAUUGAGUCUGAGUGUGUGGCCUCAGUCUACAGCACUGCAGCUUAAAAACCUUCUGACACUCCUAUAUAUGUUUAUAUAUAUAUAUAUAUAUAUAUAUGGAUGUGUAUAAAUAUUGAGUUAAAUACAUAAACAUAUGUAUAACAGAAUCAAUAAAUGCUGUAUGUUAUCCCAGAGCUUAUGUGUACAUCAGAACAGAAUUGGCAUGUGCUGCAGGCUCUGUGUGUGAAUGUGUGCACAGCAUGUGUGUGGGUUUUUUUUUUUGCUCUGUGAGGUCCACCAUAACCCAAGCCUGGCUUGGGAUGAAAAAGGACCCAAAAA